GCUUAGAAGACAAGGCUUUUGAGACUUGUUUAUCUGGUAGGAGAUAGAGUCGAUCGUAGUCGGUAAACCUUGGUCUUGCAACAAGAUCAUUUUUGUGACUUGAAUUUUUUGAAAAUCAGAUUAUAGUUGUACUUGUAUUAGACAUAUUGAAAUUGACUCUCCUGGAGCGAUACAAAGGAUGACUGUCUGCGGUGGAGGCGGAAGUCGAGAACAGCACGACAAUGUCUGUAAGCGAAAUACGAAACACGAAGAUCGGCAAAUUUUAUCCGAUGACCACCUAUGCGCUGAGGACACGAGGAGAGAGAGAAUCUGUUGUAGGAGUACAACUGGUGGACCAGAGUGCUCUUCAGGAGUAGAAGGACACAACCACUUUCCUACAUGCACGACCUCCACCUCAAGACCCACGACCUCAACUAGGUCGACUACGAAGCAUCUGGCGAGGUCCGGUACUAGAACUCCGCAUAAGAAUAAUAGUGAGCCAAAAAUGUCUAGAAGCGAACCGGCGGCGCUACCAUCUUCAUCAACAUCUAGGCCGCUUUUGACCCACCUGCUCCAAUGUAGAAGAAGCGCAAGAAGCAGCAAGCAACAUCAAAAAGAACCUUCAUCCGGUUCUUUGAUGAACCGUGACUGUCUACCUCUACAUCUUCAAAGCAACAGGCGUUCUUCCCACAGAGCUUCGAAAACUUUUACAUCUUCUCGAAAAACCAACCUCUUGUUCUACGUUCUUAGUAGUGUCGUCUUUUCACCUGACCCAGUAGUUGUUGCAGAUUUGCCUGUUCACUGCCUCUCCACAGACGUCGCUGGUGAAAGCGGAGUAGGAAAAAAAUGGAUUUUCGAGUUCGGGGCACCAACUUUAAGAUAAAGAACCAUGAAAUAAUGACAUUGAUAGAAGCACACUGGAGUCUUACUGGAGACAUAAACAUGGUCAACAUCUGACUCUAUCAAAUACAACAUGCUACUUGUUAUAUUUCACCAAAUCACCACCUCUAAGGAACCAGUCUCCCUGGGUCCAAGGAACAAGCGGCUUUACAGAUAUCUGCGGGCAUCAGAGACCCGACGCAGUCCAUGGCCAGCCACCACGUCAACUUCCAGGCGAGCUUGACUUGAAAGUGGAGGUAACCUAUAUACUGUGACAAUUUGAAUGGUGCUAUAUAUUGUGACAAUUUGAAUGGUAGCACUUCUAGUACACGUAUGGAACGACAGCAUUAACAGCGUGAACUUCUGGACUUUUUAUUGUCUUUUUUUAUGUAAUUUUGAUUCCUAAUUAGUGUUAGACGAGCUCCACCGGUUUUACAAUGAAUGCUGAUGUCCUCAGAACUACAUCCUCUGCCGCUGCCUCAAGACCAAGAACAAACUCAAACUGGCCCUACGUAAUUAGGUGAUUCUUAAGCCCGAACCAGAUUGGUCUCUCGAGAUCGUUGGCAAUAUCACAGAGGGCGAUUAUGGCGGCAAUCUAGUGAGCUAUCUAAAAGAGUCGUCUACGACAUCAACAAAUGCCGCAUUGUUGCAGCAGAUGCGAUCCUCCCUCAAGACUACUUUGCUACAACGCGCGAAGGGCAGAGGAGCUUCUGUUAUGGUUUCAGCUAAGUGUAAUUGAUCUAGCAGGUCAACAUAAGAGGUGGACUCGCUUGUACUCUCAUUAGGGCCCUUUGCCAUUAUCCUCGCCCGCAAGCUCUUUGAUUUUACCCUUUCCAGAUGCAGCUACUACAACAACUCUAAUGUUCCCAAAUCCUCCACGUCCACGGCAUCAACGAACAGCAUGACAGACCAAGAGCGUGCAGCCGCACAUUUUAUGGGCCCGAAAGAUUGGACCAUGCUCUACGAUGAGGGCUUCGAAGUGGAGCUGGGAAAAUUGCGACUCCUAGCCUUUUCUGCUUUCGAUUUCGUCAACGGAAAGAAUCAAUCCCGUUGUGGAAUGACCGAGGUUGGCUGGUAUAGGACGAUUGAAGAUUAUGUUGAAGGAGGAUAAAAAAAUAAUCAUGUAACACCUGUAGCUGUAGUAGAAGUUUGCGAUAGAUACGAUCUUUACUUGGAUCUGCAAGUCAGUCGGAUCAGGACUCCUACUUGAACUACUCCUCUAACAGAGUAGUUUAUAGCACGCAUGGUGCAUGGAGUGCAUGGAGCGCAGAGCUUUAAGGGGCGCAAGAAGCUCCCCCUUUAGCUCCAUGCUACUCCAUGUGAUCCAUGCGCUCCAUGCCAUGCGAGCUGUGAAACCUUAUAAAUUGCUCUGCUCUAAUGCAAAGAUGUCUCGUCGUCAGAUUUUCGAGUUGGAUGCUGGAUCGGCUACCAAGAGGAUGCCUCGAGAGAACCACUCGCCGAUAAUAGCUCCUCGAUCAUGGAACUGGUACCUUUGGUGUCUAUGUCUAAGGUUAUCUUUUAUCUUUAUGAAGGUUAACGUUAAACCAUAACCACAACGGGUCUUUUCUAAACUUAAUCACAGCACCAGCCCACCAGCACAGUGCUACUUUUAGCCCAAACGACCCACUUACAACAACUACUCUCACUCAAUACAAUACAGCAUCACAACUACAAGGGUUACUCCCUAGCAGAGCAGGGCAGCAAGUCAUUGGAUUCGUACUUCAAAGAAGCCGCUUUUCUCCAAGAACCAGUAACGACAAGGCAUGAUCAUCAAGUUUAUGGCGUAUUUUCGACGGUUGAAUAUCAGUCGCUGGUCGCUAUGGCCAUUUUCGCCUGUUCGUUGCUGAUGAAAGCUAGAUCACGACCAAGUAGACGAUGUAGAUAGAAGACGAGCAUUAAAAGCUUACAGGUCGUACUAGUACAUGCAUACUACAGCAGCAUCAUUUUUUCUUAUAAAUAGAAAAUUCCCAACCUUAUCGCCCCAACCUUAUUUCCUGAGCAUCUUGAUCUUCCUGAUGCUCAGGAAAUAAGGUUGGGGACUCAGUCCCCGUAGCAUAUUUCUGAGCAUUGGGGCCUCAGUCCCCGUAGGUGGUUGCAGCUUCAGUAAGGACCUGCUCUGUUACUACAAUAAACGGAGUGGUAGUGCUUGCUGGUUCAUAACUUUCUCUUCAUAUUACAAUUACUGUUAGCAUCCUGGCCUCCGGCCCUGAAUUGUUACCAGAAUUAGUCUCUACGGGCACUACGGACAGUGUCAUCAGGGGCACAUACAUGACAUGACAUGACAACCUUAUCUCCCCAACCUUAUUUCCUGAGCAUCUUCCUCGUCUAAUCCCAAGUAGCCGACCAGAUCAACGCAGCUAAUCUAGGUUGGACUGCCAAAGUGUACGAUCAGUUUGUGGGGAAGACUGCUAGAGAGCUCAAUUUUAUGGCUGGGAGGAAGAACUCGAAAAGAAUGAGUGCGCAUGUCAUGAUGAACCCGAACUAUGGCCGCAACGAUUAUUCCGGUGGAAGCGGGGGAAUGAGUUACUCUUAUGAAGGGGAUGUCGAAGUGUCGACGUAGAUGCAAUGAAUGUGUAUGAGACCUCAGCUUCAGGAUGUCGAAGUGUCGACGUAGAUGCAAUGAAUGUGUACGAGACCACCUCAGCUUCAGGAUGUCGAAGUGUCCUCGAUGUAAAUGCAAUCUAAUUCACAUACAUGGGUCAAGACGAAGGGCUUUCGUUACCAUCUGCGAACCACCGGUCGAUCAGCCUGAACGCGGUUGAUGUUAAGGCGACAAGGACUUUUUUCCGUAUAUUUAAGGACAAGCAAAAUCAGGCCAAUGUUGCAUCAUGAGAAGCCGAAGCCCUUGCUUCGGUGACAAUGAGAAAUUCCUAAAACAUUAGCUACAAAACCUUCUAAUGGCGAUGUGAAUCCCUUUGCAGUGAAAGUAAAAGGCGAAAAGCAGCAGCACAAGAAAAACAAACUCGUCUUGUUGCAGAGGGACAGUUAUGAAAACCUUUCAAAUGCUCAUACUACUCGAGAGCUGGCAACAAGUUAGUACUUCUAUUGAUGAAGUGCAGAAGUCAAAAUCAUGAAUGUCACAAAGUCAAAGUACUUAGCUCAUGAUACCACUGAUAGCGCAAUAGCGAUUUUUAAAGUAAAGUAGUUCUAAGCUACAAAAGCGGUCCACAGCGCAUCUACAGGGACCCAGAAACACGUCGAUGACGAAGAUGAGGACGACUGGGAUUCUGAGGACGCAGAGACAGACGCCGAUCGUGAUUAUGAAAGCAGUAGCAAGGUUUCAUUGGUGUUACAAGUACUGGCUUUUGUUUUUCCUUUGUCUCAGAAUGACCAGCACCAUCAGGAGCUUGAGCAAAAGCAACGCAAUAGCAAAUUGAAGCGCCAAAAAUAAUAAUAUGACCAACCACACCAUCACCAGUACCCACAAGUUUGUAAAUAGAAAUACUUACCACUACCACACCAGUACCCACAAGAAGUUUGUACUAAAAAAAUACUUCUAACGACAAGAGGAAUUAUCACGAGCUAGCGUCACCCUGUCACGUGGGCGUCAUCAUGACCUCCUUUACGCUGGGGAAGAGGAGGACGCCUUUGACGAGGAAGAGAUGGAUUUAUGAAUCAGACUCAUACUCAUCGUCCUUGAGGAGUUUGAUCUUCAUGAUAUGCAUAUCCAUAUGCACGACUAGUACUAAUUCUAAGUAAGUAGAAAAAAUUGUAGUAUCUUCUCGAUGUUAUAAUUGUUAGGUAGUUUUCAAUUGGCCCGUCAAGCAUAUUACGGUUUCUUCGAGAAAGCCUCUAUGCUAUCUUGUUGCAAAUUCAAAAGUUCUAAGAACAAUAGGCGAAAAGGAGGAUGUUGAUAGUCGUGGAGAAGAAGAGGAUAACUCAGCAGAGGAUAACUCAGCAGAGGAUAACUCAGCAGAGGAAAAUCUCCAGAAGCGCCUAAGAAAACGCAAGAACAGUCGUAGCAAGAGACCCUUGGUGUUAAGGCAAGGUCUAGUACGUGUACUAUCACAUCCUACAUUUUUACUCAUCAGAUUCAGAUUCACUGCCAGCACUGGAAUUGUCAUCUUUUUCUUGAGUCAGGGCUGAUCCCACUUGUUUGUUUCUGUUUUAAAUUUGAAAAUGGGAAUCCCACCCCUCUAGGUCUAGCUCUAACAUCGAAAAAUUUCUACAAGAGCAAGAGGAACUACUUCCGAAACAAGCAUACGUCAAACUCGAAGGUCGCGUCCAGUAGCAAAUACAGAUCCAUGACGGCUGAGCAGAAGAAGAAAUUCGUGUUGCCAGCGGAAUUUGACUGGCGCAAUCCCGCAGAUGGUGGAAGCCCCUACGUGCUACCGGAGGGCAUCAACCAAGGAGACUGUGGUAGCUGCUACGUCAUUUCAACGAUCAUGUCGCUGAAUUCAAGACUGCGGGUUCAGAGAUUUUAUGCACGGCCUUCCAAGUGGCGCACCACGUGGUCUAGUUCUAGUUGAAGUACUUCUAGCAUGAUGUUCAUCAGCAACAUUCUUCUCUAAGUAUGACGACAACUUCGUGAGCAAGGAGCGACUCAGGCAGCGAUUGACGAUGCUCUACAGAAUACAACGAAGUUUUCUUAUCACUACGCAUUGGGAUGUUCCGAAACCAAUCAAGGAUGUCAAGGAGGGUACUUUCUCUCCUAAGCUGCGCCAAACGCGGUAAGUAUCCAACCCCACAAAUCAUGCUUAAGAAUGAACUUCGACGAGUACAUCCACUACUGGCCUUCUCCACGACAGCAACAUCUUUCACAAUAAAAGAAAUACCCACGACUACUUUCUCAACAUCAUCCUUCACCUGAAACAAAAGGUACGCUCACCUAAUCGGCCAAUGGUCGAGGAUCUACGGUCUUGCGCCCGACCAUCCAGACUGUACUCCCCAAGGUGGCUGGCAAGCUGAUACAUGUAUGGGAGUUCCGCAGAGCUGCCCUGCAGAACUCCUGACAUAUCGUACCACCAACGUCCGCUAUGUUGGCGGUCGCUACCAGUACAGCAAUGAGCACACGAUUAUUUAUGAAGAAGAACAACCCCACAGCUAGUAGCUACACCCUUCUGAACCCUGAUGAAUAACCUCAGAUCAUUGGAUUAGGUGCUGCAUCUCGACUAAAUUUACUGUCUGCGUUGACUUAAAGAGCGACCCUGAGGUCAAUUUCCAGCACGCAGUACUUCUAUAGUACUACGUGAAAAGUAGUCUAAAGAACCUUCCUCGUCCUCGCUCAGGAGCCUGCUCCACACACUUCGGAUCAACUACAUCUUAGAUGAUCCUCGAUUUCUAAUCCAUGCAAGAGCUUAUCCAGAACGGUCCUGUGGUACUUGGCUUUGCGCCAGACAACGCAUUCAUGUAUUACUCCAGUGGUAUCUACGGCGCGAAUCAACCUGUCGAUUCAGUUUUUCACAGUACAAACUUUGUUUCUCAUCUUCCUACAAAAUUCUAUUCUCUACAGAUGAAAAAAAGAUCCAUAGCUGCCUUCGCUGGGGUUGCUUGUUUAUUACAGUAUAAGUCUUAGGAUGGGUGGUUCUUUAAUAUUACAGGAAAAAUUCCCUGGUAGGAUGAGAAGAUCUGCCCCUACUUUGUUUCUCACCCCCCUGUUAGGAUGAGAAGAUCCAUAGCUGCCUGCGGGGUUGGUUCUUUAUAAUAUUACAGUGGCCACUAUACUUCUAUUUUCAAUAAUUGGAGUACUUGAUUCUUUUGUUUUUUGUUUCCUAGUUAGGUGUGCUCCACCGAUAAUAUUACAGUAAAAAUUUUUAGGCAUGAUCAUCACAUCUACCCAUCGCUCUCAGGUCUCGGACCAGAUUGGGAGCGUGUCGAUCACGCAGUUUUGCUAGUCGGAUGGGGCGUUGAUCAGACCACUGGCAACAAGUAUUGGACUUUGCAGAAUUCAUGGGGCGAUUCCCUAGGCUCUGGCUGGGGUGACGAUGAUAUCUACCUCAGAGACGAAAAUGAUCAGUAUUUUUCUGCCUACUGAUUCUGAUACUUGAAUAAAUUUUUCCUUCGUUGUUUGUUCGAUCAACCAUAAAGUUUAUUAGAACAUAAUACUAUAAAGUGUGGCGUUCAAAAAUUUUUGAGCAAUCUGUAGUGUUCAUGCAAAUCCGCGGAUUUUCUACUUGUAAUGGAUUUGGAUAAGGAUAACAUAAUGAAAAAACAGAAACCAACACAUAACACUUUCACAGGCCAUUGCGCAAGGGUUUCUUCCGCAUCAAGAGAGGAUCGAAUAUUUUGGGGAUUGAGUCCAUCGCCGAAACGGCCGAUGUGGAGCAACUGUCAGAGGAUCAGGCGGCGGCGCGCAUUAAGUUCUUGCGUUCGUCGUGAGACACGACGACGAGUAUUAAUGUCAGAUCAGGUGGUUUAAUUAGGUUGCUGACCAUAACCAAAAGCCAUGUCGUAGUCAACGAUCUCGCUACUCCGUGUGCAAGCAAAAUCAUAAUCAAAAAUCCAAGAUGAUAAGGUUUCACCGAUUAGCAGUGUCACUAUCUUCCAAGUGGCUGCAAGUUGUACAGUUUCACUCUGAAAAAUGCAUUUGUUACUUUUCAAGUUCCUAAAUUUUUUGUAAAAAUCUGUUUCCUGACCUAAAAAAAAAGAACGUUUAAUCCUGAUUGAAUCUUCUUGUUAUCCUUGUCAAGCUGAAUAUUUUUCGUACGAUGAAUGUCCAAAGAGCAACUAAGGUAUUCACAACAAAUUCCAGUUAUGUCGUAGUGUAUUCCAAUCAAAAAUUUCGUAGAAAGAAUAAAACGUGUGGUCAAAGUCAGGGUUAUGCACAGGAAACCGUGUGCAUAUAAUGACAUGAUCAAGCAGCAGGAAAUUUUUCAUGUAGUCGAUGACGAUGAGUCCUCCUCAUAAUGAUAAUAGCAAGAGCAAAAUGAAAAAUCGUACUACCAUCAUUCUAUGAAGCACAAAGAGUUGACCAUGUAACUGUAAGUGGAAGUUGUAGAGGUAUUCUUGUAUAGAUCGACCUCGACGUGAGUCUGUGUAUAGAGCGAAACACCAUAGACAUAGUAAUGUUUCAAUGUAUUAUUAGUACUUGUUGUAAAUGUAAACCAUAAUAUCAAUUAAAUAUUGCAUGGUAACUAUGAUGAGCAAGAGCAUGUUGUUGUAGGUACUAGUAUUGUAAUUGUUGUCUACUUAAUCGUCGUAUCUUCUUGUUAUCCGUUUCUUCGUUGUCUCCUAUCUUCUUCUUGGUAAGGUUAGUUGCAAGUCGUUUUUCCUAUCUUCAUUUAGUCCUUUUCUUUGUUUCGCCGUUCCUUCAAGACCACGAACAAGCUUCAUGACGGUUGUUGCAGGAGUAUGAACGUUCGCGCACGACCAUGGGUAUCAAUGACCGCAAAGUCAGUCACGUUUCAAAAGGUAAUUGUCGCAAAACUGUGGCAUGAUUUAGAUUUACGCCACUGUGGCAGAGUGCCUCAAGAACUCAC